GCUUGUGGCUGAUGUCCCCCCUUGCCCCGCUGGCGGGACUGCUCCCCUAGUGCAGGUCAGCGCUCAACGUGGCGUGGAGGGAGGCCCGCUCAUCUCACCAUGGUGCUGCCACCGCCUGACAAGCGCCACGUGUGUCUGACCACCAUCGUCAUCAUGACCAGCAUGGCCUUCAUGGAUGCUUAUCUGGUGGAGCAGAACCAGGGGCCCCGUAAGAUCGGUGUCUGCAUCAUUGUGCUCGUGGGGGACAUCUGCUUCCUCAUCGUGCUGCGCUAUGUGGCCGUGUGGGUAGGGGCGGAGGUGAAGACAGCCAAGCGGGGCUACGCCAUGAUCCUUUGGUUCCUGUACAUCUUUGUGCUGGAGAUCAAGUUGUAUUUCAUCUUUCAGAAUUACAAAGCUGACAAGAAGAACCUGGAGACAGUGGCCAGGAAAGCCCUGACCCUGCUCCUCUCCAUCUGCGUGCCGGGGCUCUACCUGGUGCUGGUGGCCUUGGACAGCAUGGAGUAUAUACGGACCUUUCGGAAGAAAGAGGACCUGCGGGGCCGUCUCUUUUGGGUGGCCCUCGACCUGCUGGAUAUCUUGGACAUCCAGGCCAACCUGUGGGAGCCACACAGGACUGGCCUGCCCAUCUGGGCGGAGGGGGGUGGGUGGCGGAGCAGCCCUUGGUCCUCCAAGGGCUUGUGGCUGAUGUCCCCCCUUGCCCCGCUGGCGGGACUGCUCCCCUAG